AUGAAUUUACUUGUUGGUAGCGGAACAGCUACAAAUAAUGAUGUUAUAAGAAAAGCAUUUGAAUUAUUAAUCAAUCAGCAUGAGUUAAUUCCAAAUAUAAUGUUGAAAUUAUUGAAUAAAGAAUGUAAUUUAUUCAAUAAUACAAAACUUAUCCAUCCAAUUACAUAUGAACAAAGUCGUAAAGAAUUAACAGAAGCACGUGAAAAUCCAAGCGCAAUCUAUACCAUAUCACCAGCUGACCUAUGGGUAUUACAUCAUUGCGAAAACAACGAAUGUUAUCUAGACAUUAGAUCGGAUGCAAACAAACAUCAAAUUGAUUUAGCUAGAAUGCAGAUUAAUGUAUCACAAUAA